AGGUGCCAGCGGAGGAGGGCGGGGCCCGUGCAGCGCCGCGAGUCCAUUUUGCGGCGGUGUCGGGCGCUUACCGCGCGAUCUUCCGAGCUGGAAGACUCGAGGCCUUGCAGCUGCAGGCCUUGCCGGAGCCUCUAGUUUUUUAUUGUCAGUUGAAACGUGGAAAAACAAAAUCCUGAUUGCUUUGCCCUGGGUAAUAGUAACUCUACGGUAAACACCUGCUUGCAGGGACAGAGGGAUUGAACCCAGAGGUGCUUAACCACUGAACAACUUCCCUAGCCCCUCUUUAUUUUUCAAUCUUGAGACAAGGUCUCGAGAUAAGUUGCAAGUUGCUUCACACCUUGCUAAAGUUGCUGAGGCUGGCUUUGAAGUUGUGAUCCUCCAGCCUCAGCCUUCCAAGCCACUGGGAUUACAGGCCUGUGCUACCAUGCCAGGAUGUGAUGGAGCUGCUUGAAGAAGAUCUCACGUGUCCAAUUUGUUGCAGUCUGUUUGAUGAUCCUCGAGUUUUGCCUUGUUCACACAACUUCUGCAAAAAAUGCUUAGAAGGUCUCUUAGAGGGGAAUGUGCGGAAUUCGUUGUGGAGACCAUCUCCAUUCAAGUGCCCUACAUGCCGGAAGGAAACCUCAGCUACUGGAGUUAAUAGCCUGCAGGUUAAUUACUCCCUGAAAGGUAUUGUGGAGAAAUACAACAAAAUCAAGAUCUCUCCCAAAAUGCCAGUGUGCAAAGGACACUUGGGGCAGCCUCUAAACAUUUUCUGCCUAACUGAUAUGCAGCUAAUUUGUGGGAUCUGUGCUACUCGAGGUGACCACACCAAGCAUGUCUUCUGUUCUAUUGAAGAUGCCUAUGCUCAGGAAAGGGAUGCCUUUGAGACUCUCUUCCAGAGUUUUGAGACCUGGCGUCGGGGAGAUGCUCUUUCUCGUUUGGAUACCUUGGAAACCAGUAAGAGGAAAUCCCUGCAGUUACUGACUAAAGAUUCAGAUAAAGUGAAGGAAUUUUUUGAGAAGUUACAACACACAUUGGAUCAAAAGAAGAAUGAAAUCCUGUCUGACUUUGAGACCAUGAAACUUGCAGUAAUGCAAGCUUAUGACCCAGAGAUCAACAAACUCAAUACCAUCUUGCAGGAGCAACGAAUGGCUUUUAAUAUUGCUGAGGCUUUCAAAGAUGUGUCAGAACCCAUUGUAUUUCUGCAACAGAUGCAGGAAUUCAGGGAGAAAAUCAAAGUAAUCAAGGAAACUCCUUUACCUCCCUCUACUUUGCCCACAAGCCCUUUAAUGAAGAACUUUGAUACCAGUCAAUGGGAGGACAUAAAACUAGUAGAUGUGGAUAAACUUUCUUUGCCUCAAGAUACUGGCACAUUCAUAAGCAAGAUUCCUUGGAGAUUCUAUCAGUUAUUUGUGGUAUUCCUUCUACUUGGCCUCUUUAUUUUCCUUAUUUUCUUUGGUCCUACUGUAUUCCUAGAAUGGUCUGUAUUUGAUGAACUGGCAAUUUGGAAAGACCAUCUUUCGAAUUUCAGUUUUUAUCUGACUAAAUCAGCUGAUUUUGUAGAACAAUCAGUUUUUUACUGGGAACAAGUGACAAAUGUGUUUUUCAUUUUCAGUGAAACAGUCAACAAUUUUACUUUGAUGGUGCUAAAUAAUGUGGCCGAAUUUGUGUGCAAAUAUAAACUAUUAUAAAAUCUUCCAA